AUGAACACAGCCGCAGGUAACCUGUACCACGUGUUGGGCGUGGCGAUGGACGCCAGCAGGGAGGCCAUACGGAAGCAGUUCCGCCGCCUGGCCCUCGCCACGCACCCUGACAAGAACCGCCACGACGUGCAGGGCGCCACGCUGCGGUUCCAGCUGCUGCAGCGAGCCGCGGACACUCUCUCAGAUCCUGAGAAGAGAGCCCUGUACGACACCCAGCUCCGCAGCCACGCACGCCGCCCACGCCGCCCACGUCGGCCCCGCCAGCCACGCCAGCCUCACCCAGGGGCCCCACGGGAAGGUGAACAUUGGCAGGUACUGGGGACGUUUUCUUUUUCUAGAACCUGGUCAUUGUACAAGGUGCAGGUAUCGGGCACACCUGUCUACUGUUACCUGUACUAG